UGCCGAGGAGCAUCUCUCUUGCAGCAUCCUUUGGCCAGAGGCCUGCCAUCUCCUCCUUGCCAUGGCGACGGGAUGCAGGAGCAGGAGGAAGGGAUGGAGAUGACCCAGAGGAUUCUGUCUGAGAAGGAUUGCCUUGUCACUGACCUCUGGCAGGGGAAGGAUAGGGAAAGGUCAGACUCACUCACUGCUGGGAUAGAGAUGCUCCCCUUGGACACCACUCCCAGGUGAGAGCUGAUGGACCUUUAGCUCAUUUGGCCUACUCUAGUAUUGCGGCAGCCUUUGCCUCUGUAAAGCAAGGCCCCCCAUUUUCUGGAUUUCCCAGCCCUCCGUGAGCACCAUGGGGGAGAAAUCGGAUUAUCAGCGACUGGCCAGCGGAGAGGAGGAGGAAGAAGAGGGGAAGGUGGUGUCGGAAGUGCUCAGGGCCACCGUGACUCAGGCUCCCAGGCCGGACUUACUGGACGUGCCAGGCCAGAGGAAGCUGAGCUGUGGCAUGCAGGUGGAUGAAGGCACCGACUGGCUUCUGGAGCUGUUAACGGAGGUCCAGCUGCAGCAGUAUUUUCUGAGGAUCCGUGAUGACCUCAACGUCACCCGCCUCUCGCACUUUGAAUAUGUCAAGAAUGAGGAUUUGGAGAAGAUUGGCAUGGGGAGGCCUGGUCAGAGGCGACUCUGGGAAGCAGUCAAAAGGAGGAAGGCAGUGUGCAAGAGGAAAUCCUGGAUGAGCAAAGUCUUCAGUGGGAAGCGGCCCGACUCAGAGUUCACCCCACAGCCGCCGAAUGCACUGUGCAAGAGGUCCACCCCACCCCCCUUGGAUGAGAGGCAGCACCAGGCCUUGACUUGCCUGAUCAGCGAGAAGGACCUGAUGCUCUUUGAGAAGCUGGGAGAUGGCUCCUUUGGGGUGGUUCGACGUGGAGAGUGGUGUGCUCCUUCUGGCAAGUUGCUGAAUGUGGCAGUGAAGUGUCUCAAGACGGAUAUGCUGAGCCAGCCGGAAGCCCUGGAUGACUUCAUCCGGGAGGUCAAUGCCAUGCACUCCUUGGAUCAUGUCAACCUCAUCCGCCUGUAUGGCGUGGUCCUCUCCAAUCCCAUGAAGAUGGUCACGGAGCUGGCCCCGCUUGGCUCCCUCCUGGACCGCCUUCGCAAAAACCAGGGGCACUUCCUCAUUGCCAUUCUCUGCCAAUAUGCCAUCCAGAUCGCCAAAGGUAUGGCAUACUUGGAGUCCAAGCGCUUCAUCCACCGUGAUCUGGCCGCCCGCAACAUCCUCCUGGCCGCCAACGAUUUGGUUAAGAUUGGUGACUUUGGCCUCAUGCGGGCCUUGCCCAAGAACGACGACCAUUACGUCAUGCAAGAGCAUCGCAAAGUUCCUUUCGCUUGGUGUGCUCCCGAAAGUCUGAAGACCCGCACCUUCUCGCACGCCAGUGACACUUGGAUGUUUGGAGUCACGCUGUGGGAGAUGUUCACGUACGGACAGGAACCAUGGGUUGGCCUGAACGGCAGUCAGAUACUACACAAGAUUGACAAGGAAGGCGAGAGGUUGGCCCGACCAGAAGACUCUCCCCAGGACAUCUACAAUGUCAUGUUGCAGUGCUGGGCUCAUAAGCCAGAAGACCGACCUACAUUUGUAGCCCUGCGGGACUUCCUUCUGGAGGCUCAACCCACGGAUAUGCGAGCCCUGCAAGAUUUUGAAGAGCCGGAUAAGCUCCUUAUCCAGAUGAAUGACAUCAUUACGGUCAUCGAGGGCAGGGCUGAGAAUUACUGGUGGCGGGGUCAGAAUAAGCGGACCCUGAAGGUGGGCCAGUUCCCGCGCAACACGGUGACCUCGGUGGCAGGGCUCUCGGCGCACGACAUCAGUCAGCCGCUUAAAAACAGCUUCAUCCACACAGGCCAUGGAGACACCAACCCCCAGCAGUGCUGGGGCUUCCCCGAUAAGAUUGACGAGCUGUACCUGGGAAACCCCAUGGAUCCUCCAGAUGUCUUAGGAGUGGACUUGAAUGCCGCCAGGCCCACCCAGCUCCCAGGAAGGACAAAAAAAAACCGACCUACGAUCCGUCAGUGAAGAGAGAAUCCCCUCUCCGUAGCCUCAAG